AUAAGAUGGCAGUGAUGAUUGUUUGGGAUUCAGGAUUUACAUGAGUUCAUUUGUGGAAACUUUCAUCGAUUAUGAUAAUUUAGAAAUUAAAGAAAUGGCCAAUUCAUUUGAACAAACUCAUCGAGUGAUUAUUGAAGAUGGUCAACCGUUGUGGUAUCAUAUAAAUCAGUUGAAUAUGACAAAAAAUCCUCGUGAACUUCGUCAACGUUCGGAACGUGAACGACGUUCCCGUGAAUUCAAACAAUAUUAUCAACAAACAAUAUUACCGGAUAUAAAACCAUUAGCUCAAGCUUUUUUUGAAUCGCAAUACCAUCCAAACAAACGUCGUGCAUUGGAGCUUGCUGGUGUUAACAAUUAUCUGCACUCUAGAUUUGGUUCUGUUGUUUCUCAUCGAUCAUUUUAUGAUACUUUUGAAAAUUGUAGACAUCGUCGAUUUUACCACUUUAAUCUUUACUCAACACGUUCCGAGCCGAAAAACUCUCAAAUAGUGGCAAUAGGAAACAAUAAAACGUUAACUCAUAUAAAACAACAAACAAUUAUUUCCUUCAAUCCAAAUAACUCAAUACUAAUGAAACCGUAUCAAGAUUCUAUCUCACAAUUAAAUAUAAUUCAAAUGGUGGGAAAACCGGGUAAAAAAAAUUUCAUCUAUUCAUCUUGUCAUGAACGCUACGAAAUUAUUGAAAAUGAAGCAUUAAUUUUAAAAGAACAUCAUUCUUUUGCAUUGGGAGAAAAGUCUUCCCGAACAAAUCCUCAUUGUGGAAUUGCACAUAUGGUCCUUGAGGCAGCACAUCCAAGAGUUCCUCAGUGUAUAGAUUUUGAAAGCGAUCCUGAUUCUGGCGAUGAUUGUGCUGUUAUAGGUUAUUCUGAUGGAACUAUUGAAUUUGUCGAUCUAAAUCAGAUACGAAAUUGUUUACAAAAGCAACGAAAUUCACAUCGACCUCGAAAUUCAUGUAUACUAGACAUACAUAAACUAGGCGAAAAUCGAGUUAUUGUAUCCGGUAGCGAGCAUUAUCUAGCACAAUUUGACAAACGAAUGUUUGGUCGCAAUGCUAAAUCUGUUAUUGAAUAUGAAAAUCAUUACAAUACUAGCUAUUUUCAUCAAAUCAAUAUUGAUCAAAAAAGGAAUCUAAUAAUUAGUUCAGGUUCCGAUGAUAUUGUUCGAUUUUGGAAUAUCGAUAAUGGUCGAUUAUGUUAUUGUAUAAAUAUGGAUGAAGCCGAAUAUUUUGGUAAAAAUAAUGAUAAACGUCUUCGACAAGCUUAUUUUGCUAAAGAUUUUUCUUUAUUCGAUACAAAUAUUUCUGAUCGAUUAUUACGACCAAUUAUUAAAGGUGAUACAUUAAUUAUAGCCGAUGGUGAUCAAAUGAAAUUUCUUGCCAAUGAUAUACACGAAUUUUGAUUAUUAAAUUUAUUUGAAUUUUAAUUUCU